AUGGUGGCGGAAGAAGAGAAGAAAAAAGCACGAGGCGACCAUCGAGAUAAUCGUCCUCGUCAACCAAAGCCAACUGAAAAAUGCCCCUGUUGCAGAAGCAACAAUCACAAGCUACACGCCUGUAGGGAUUUCGCCGACAAACCAACAGACGAGCGGUGGGAGCUCGUAAAGAACAAUCACCUCUGCUUCCGGUGUAUGGCAUCUGGCCAUGGGGCCAGAGAUUGCAAAUUUCCCCGAUCCUGUGGCGUCGACGGGUGUGCGAAACCCCAUCACAAGAUGCUCCAUAUCCCUGCCCCACGUAGAAUACAAGCCGACGAACCUGAGAAUCCUCGCCGCCCUGCCGUUGUACCACCCGAAAUGGUCAACACGGGGGAAGAAGUCCCCUACAUCAACCUAAUGGUCCUUCCCGUAACUUUAGAAGGCCCCAAAGGCUCCAUCUCCACCUUCAUGAUGCUCGAUUGCGGCAGUACUCUCACUGUCAUUGAAAGUACCAUCGCCCAAGCCAUCGGAUUAAGAGGAGAGUCUCGUCGAAUCAAGGUGGGCGGAUUCCAAUCGGACCCCACCGUACUGAAUACCCAAGUCGUCUCCCUCCGCAUCAAGUCCAAAGACGGAAGCUUCGUCCACGAAUUAGAAAAUGUCAAGACCGUGGACAAAUUGAAAUUGCGGGAGCAAUCUGUCCGCAAAUCACUGCUCAAAAAGUGGCCCCACCUCCAGGGAAUCGACAUUGAGACCUACGAUUGUAGGCGUCCAGGAAUUCUCGUGGGGAUGGACAACCCCACCCUCUUCCUACAGAAAGACUGCAGAGUGGGAAAAGGGAACAACAGCAAUUCUCCCAUAGCCAUCCGCACGCCACUGGGAUGGGCGCUAAUGGGGAGAACAGCUUGGGCCGGCCGGGAACAAUAUGCAUAUCACAUGCAGGAAGUCGAUCCCCUCCAUCAACUGGUUAAGGACCAGUUCUCCACCGAAUCAUUUGGGGUCAAACCGUUGCUAGAUAAGCCAAGAACGAAAGAGGAUAAGCGAUCUCAGCAAAUUUUGGACGCCUCCACUCGUCGGGUCGAAGGAGGAUGGGAGACCGCGCUGUUGUGGCGUGAUGAUCAUGUCCAACUCCCCGAAAGUUACUCCAACGCCUAUCGUCGUCUCUUGUCCAUGGAGAGGAAGAUGGACCGCGACCCAGAAUUUUUGAAAAGUUACUACAGCAAGAUUACUGAGUAUUUGAACAAAGGCUACGCCAGAAUUCUGUCCCCGGAAGAAGCCGCCACCACUACGAACAAGACGAACUACAUUCCCCAUUUUAUGGCGUACAACCCCAAGAAACCAGGGAAGUUGCGCUUCGUCUUCGACGCCGCCGCCAACAAUCAUGGUCGCAGUCUCAACGACCAUCUCCUCCAAGGACCCGACAAGUUAGUCCCACUGCCCAACAUUCUCCUGAAAUUUAGACAACGACAAAUUGCCCUCACCGCUGAUAUUGAGGACAUGUUUCACCGUGCCAAAGUGAAACACGACGACGCCCAAGCUCAACGCUUCCUUUGGAGAGGAAGUGACCGCACUCGUCCCCCCGAUAUCCUAGAAAUGGGAGUACUCAUCUUUGGAGCCACCUGCUCGCCCACUUGCGCCCAGGAGGCGAAGAACAAAAACGCAGCAGAGUUUCAACAACAAUUUCCCCACGCCGCCAAGAAGAGAUUCGACGAGGUACGAGCUAUCCACGCUGCCGGUGGAUUUAACUUGCGAAAUUGGCUGUCAAAUUCCCCUGAAGUUGUUGCACACGUCCCCGAGGAACUUCGUGCCAGCAACAUGAAAGAUCUGCAAAUGGGGGAAGAUAAUGUCAUCGAGAGAGUCCUUGGUCUCUUCUGGAGACCAGAAUCCGACGUCUUCACUUUCUCCCUCAACUUCGUCAAAGCAAGAGAGGAGAUUUUGUCCGGUAGGAAAGUCCCCACCAAGCGGGAAAUGCUGUCACUGGUCAUGUCCAUUUAUGACCCACUGGGAUUUCUGGCCAUCCUCACAAUUAAAGCAAAAAUCCUGCUACAACAAGCAUGGCGCAGCGAGGUCGGAUGGGACGACGAAAUCCCCCGGUCCACAUUCGAAUCAUGGAGAAAGUGGCUGCAAGAUGUGCAGAAAAUUCCCUCAUUCCGACUUCCCCGGUGCUACUCGUGGACCUUCACAUCUGCAGAUGAGGUCCAACUCCACAUGUUUGUCGACGCGAGUGAAGAGGCCUUUGGAGCAGUUGCCUACUUCCGCAUCAAGAAAGAAGAAGAUGCGGAAAUCGCCCUCGUUAUGGGAAAAGCUAAAGUUGCCCCCCUCAAGAGCUUGUCCAUUCCCCGCAUGGAGCUCCAAGCAGCGUUAAUGGGAGUCAGACUUGCCCACACUAUCUGCCAACAGCACGAGGUGAAAAUUGACAGAACAAUUUUCUGGUCCGACAACACCACCGUCCUGGGAUGGAUCAGAUCAGACGGAAGAAAGUACGUCCAAUUCGUCGCCAACCGAGUGGGAGAGAUUCAGGAACUCUCCACUCCCGAACAAUGGAGGUGGGUCCCCACUUUGGAAAAUGUCGCCGACGAGUUGACCCGACUUGAGUCUCCCUGCGACUUCCGCCCCUCCAGGCGUUGGGUGAAUGGUCCCCCUUUCCUCCAACAAGAUGAAGCCCUCUGGCCUGUCCCCGCCUCUAUGAAAGUAAAAGAGAACCCCGAAGAGGAAAUGAAGAACCACUGCCUCCUCCAUUUCCAUGAAACCGCCCCUCUCAUCGACAUCAGUCGCUUUUCCCAGUGGAGACGACUGAUCAAUUCCACCGCCUAUGUAUUUCGGGUCCGUGACAUCACGAUGAAGAAAUCUCCUCUCUACAGCAAAGAACUUUGCCCAGAAGAACUGGCCCGCGCCCAACAGUGGUGGUGCCGAGCUAGCCAACAAGAAAAUUUCCCGAACGAGUGGGAGUGCGUGUCUGCCGACUUACCUCUCCCAAAGAAGAGUAAACUGUCCAAACUUUGCCCCUACUUGGACAAAGACGGAGUUCUGAGAGUCCGCGGUCGUAUCGAUAAUGCCGCCCAAGGGGAUGCCUCCAUGAGAAGGCCUGUCAUUUUGGACGCCCGACAUCCAUACACACGUCUCCUCAUCGCCCACUUUCAUCGCCAAUGUGGACACCACGGCACCGAGAAAAUCUUGAAUGAGAUUCGCCAACAAUUUUAUGUCGUUCACCUCCGCUCAGCAGUGAAGAAAGCCCAGCAGUCAUGUCAAGCCUGUAAAAAUUACAAAGCCAAGCCGUCCCCUCCUGAGAUGGGACAAUUACCAGCCGCCAGAUUGGAUAGUCAUGUCAUCCCCUUCCACCGCACCGGACUCGACUACUUCGGCCCAAUCGAGGUCACCGUGAAGAGGAGUCGCGAAAAGAGAUAUGGCGCCCUCUUCACAUGCCUCGUGACCCGCGCCGUGCAUCUCGAAAUCGCCCACAGCUUAAGCACGGACUCCUGUAUCCUGGCGAUACGAAGAUUCAUCGGAAGAAGAGGAUGUCCAGUCCACCUCUACUCCGACAACGGCACCAACUUCCGAGGGGCCCACAAUGAGUUGAAAACGGCCCUGCAAGAAAUAAGCCAACCACAAAUGCAGAACGAGUGCGCCACCAGAGGAAUCACGUGGCAUUGGAAUCCCCCAUCAGCACCCCACUUCGGCGGAAGUUGGGAACGCCUCGUCCGCUCCGUCAAGACCGCUCUGGGAAAGGUCCUACUCCAAAAGAAUUUGAAGGAUGAGUCCCUCUACACCCUGCUAGUGGAGGCUGAACACGUGGUCAACAGUCACCCCCUCACUCACGUAUCAAUUGAUCCUGACGACCCCGAAGCCCUUACGCCGAACCAUUUCCUCCUGGGUCGCUCAAGCAACCCACAACCGGCCGGAAACUUCAGCCCCACCGAUCUCACAAGCUACAAGCAGUGGAGAGCGACUCAAGAAUUGGCCAAUAAAUUUUGGAGGAGGUGGAUUCAAGAAUAUCUCCCCACUCUCCUCCGCCGCGAAAAAUGGGACCUUCCAACCACUCCCAUCGAAGAAGGAGAUGUCGUAGUCGAGGUCAACGCGACCCUCGACCGAAACCAAUGGCCACUGGGGAAAGUGGUGAAAACCUUCCCCGGACACGACGGCAUCGUCCGCGUCGUCGACAUCAAGAUGUCCAACGGGAAGCAGUACCGACGCCCCGUCGCCAAACUAUGCGUCCUCGACGUGCGGGACAAGACCGCGAAGCACGACGCCCAGCUCGACUCCGACAAUUGA